UUAUAUGGAUUUUAGAGUGGUGGUGGGGGGGAGGGGGGCGGGGGUCGUCCUCCCUCUCUCCGUCCUACUGCGAACGCAAUAAAAAUCCCACCUUUGCUCGCUCACAUUGCUUAGGAGUUAUUAUGCUAAAAAGAUCGCCUUUUUCACCUCUCCCCACCAAAACGCUCUCUCCACUCCCCAUUCUCCAUGCUUCUCUCUCCUCCUCCUCCUCCUCCUCGUCCAUGGCGCCCGAGAACGCGUGGGAGAAGCUCCUCAAACCCUUCGACCUCGACCAACUCCGCAGCUCCCUCAACCCCCUCACCCCACGCCGGCUCCGCAAGCUCCUCGACCUCCCCCUCGAUCCCUCCAUCUCCAUGCAAAUCUUCAACUGGGUGGUCUCCUCCCAGAAGGGCUUCUCCCACUCCGCCGACCUAUACUUCGCCCUCGUCAAGAAGCUCGGCGACGCCGGGGAGUUCGCCGCCGCAGUCGACCUCCUCCGCCGCUCCCGGGAGCACGGCGUCAUCCUCCGAGAACCCCUGUUCAUCGUCCUCAUAAGCUGCUACGGGCGCGCCGGGCUCCCGGGCGCCGCAGCCCAGGUGCUCGACGAAAUGCCCCACUCGUUCCGGUGCCAGCCCACGUUCCGGUCGUACAACGUCGCGUUGGAUAUUUUGGUCGACGCGAAGUGCUACAAGGACGCGGUGGCUCUCUUCCACCGGAUGCUCCGGCGAGGGGUCUCGCCGACCACGUUCACCUUCUCCGUCGCGAUGAAGGCCCUGUGCUACGCCAACGAGGUGGACUCCGCGCGGUCGCUCCUUAGGAUCAUGGCGAGGCACGGGUGCGUGCCCGACUCCGUCGUUUAUCAAAUGCUGAUACACGCACUCUGCAAGGAGAGCAGGGUUCGCGAGGCGCUGGAGCUUCUGGAGGAGAUGUUUGUCAUGGGCUGUUCCCCCGAUGUUAACACCCUAAACGAUUUGAUCCACGGGCUUUGUAAGAUCGGCCAUGUGCGCGACGCCGCGAAGUUGCACGAUCGAAUGCUUCUCAAGAGGUGGUGCGCUCCGAAUGCGCUGACAUAUGGAUUUCUACUGCAUGGCUUGUGUAGGAAGGGUCGAGUGGACGAAGCAAGAGAUCUACUGUUAUGCAGAGUGUCCGACUUGAAUGUGGUUUUGUUCAACACAGUGAUUAACGGGUAUUUGCGUGAGGGGAGGUUCGGAGAAGCGAAAACUCUUUACGAGUCUAUGGUCUCGAGCGGAUGCAAUCCUGAUGUUUACACAUACAGCAUCAUGAUCGACGGGCUCUGCAGGGAAGGAAGAUUAGGAUCGGCUAUGCAAUUACUUAGAGAGAUGGAGGCGAGGGGUUGCACGCCGAAUGUCGUCACUUACACUAUUUUACUCCAUAGUUUUUGCAAGAAUGGUUUGUGGGAGGACGGUAACGCAAUUGUAAAGGAAAUGUCUUCGAAAGGUUUGAGUCUAAACUCUGUCGGGUACAAUUGUUUGAUAUAUGCUCUGUGCAAGGAGCAUAAAAUCCAUGAGGGAAUGGAGCUUCUUGAAGAGAUGAAGAGACGAGGGUGCAAGCCUGAUAUAUGCACGUUCAAUUCCCUAAUAUAUCAGUUGUGCAAAGACGAUCGAAUGGAUGAAGCACUUCAUCUAUAUCAGAAUUUACUAUUGGAAGGCUUAGUUGCUAAUAGUAUAACUUAUAAUACUCUUAUUCACGCCCUGUUACAGAAGGGUAGGUGGCAAGAAGCUCUAAAACUUGCUAAUGAGAUGGUGCUUCACGGUUGCCCGCUCGAUGUUAUGACCUACAAUGGGCUAAUAAAAGCACUUUGCAGCGAUGGGGAUGUCGAUAAGAGCUUGGGACUACUUGAGGAGAUGAUGAAAAGGGGUAUUCAACCAAGUAAUGUUUCAUAUAACGUUCUAAUUGAUGGGCUAUGCAAGAAAAGAAGAGUGCACGAUGCGCUAGAACUCUUAAAAGAAAUGAUCAAUCAAGGGUUUAAACCUGAUACGGUUACUUACAAUAGUCUAAUAAAUGGCUUGUGUAAGAUGGGGUGGAUGCGUGCAGCUCUGAACCUCUUAGAGAAGCUGCAUAAUGAGGGAGUAGUUCCGGACAUUAUCACGUACAAUAUUCUCAUCAGCUGGCACUGCAAGUCAAAUAUGUUUGAUGAGGCCCAUAUGCUUCUACAAAGAGCAGUAAAUGGUCGAAUAGUGCCCAACAAACGCACCUGGAAUAUAAUGGUGCAGAAUUGUAUUACAGAACCACUCAAUGUUGCACCAGAGCCCGCAAAGGAGUUAGAAAUAGUUGCUGUAUGACUUCUAUUGCGCUUUGCAGUGUUUACACCACCUUUGAGUGAAAGCCAUAUGAGAAAUGAUACUGGAAAGAGAGAUAAGAGGUUUCAUGGGAGCAGAUUAAUGUCUGCAUGCUGUUCGGUGUUUCGGAUCAUCAUCAUGCCUAUAUAUAAUCGGAUUACCAGUCAGCUUCUAUCUGUUUCAGCAGCUAUUAACAUAUUAUUUCUCCUGGAUUUGUUCAGCCAUUUAUUUUGAUGGCAUAAUGGCACAUAUUUGACCAUAAAGGAAAUGUAUGAAGCGAGGAGUUUUGCAAUUUGAACAUACAUAUGUUGAUCAACAACUUGAAGAAGCAGACAAUUUUCAAGGAGCUGCAAGAUUGUCUGGAAGUUGCAAUAAUGAGACAGCAUAUCUCACAUUCCGAGUGUUUGAUCCACUAUCCUAGUGUUUUUGGGAUACGGAAUUACUGUUUGUUUGGUUUUUUUUUUUUUCUUCAAUGUUACUCAUCUUAAUGAGAUUGUAUCAUUUAUCUUGUUGUACAUUUCUGUAUAGUUUGGGGGGAAGAUAAAUGAACAUUUAAAGUGACAAUUUUAUGAAAGGCAAACUUAGCUGAGGUUAUUUCUCUUA